CUGACGUUUUCUUAAGUAUCGAGACAUACACACGUUGAGAGUUAGUAGUAAAGAGUCCGCGCUAUGGAGCUGUGAGGUGCUGUUGGUAUGUCGAGUAAACAAAGCUAGCACCUAAUUUUUGAAAACAAUAAUGGAUAAACGUGUGGAUGAAAUACCGUUUGAGGACAUAAAAAUCGAUGUGCCUUGGGGUGAGGUAGUUGGACGAUGGUAUGGCAAUCGCAAAGUUCGUCCAAUUCUUGCAAUACAUGGUUGGAUGGAUAACCUGGGCACAUGGGAUCGCUUAAUACCGCUUUUACCCAAACACAUUGGCAUAUUAUGCAUUGACCUGCCCGGCCAUGGAAGAUCCUCUAAACUGCCACUUGGCAUCACAUACCAUGUAUUCGAAUAUAUUUUUAUGAUUGUGCGAAUCGUCAAGGAAUACAAGUGGCGAAAAGUGUCGUUAAUGGGACACUCCAUGGGCGCCAUUAUCUGUUAUCACUACACAGCCCUGAAUCCUCACAUGGUUGAUAUGCUGAUACAAAUCGAUUUGAUCAAAGAUGUUUACAAUUCGACAAAUAACCAAAUCAAACAAAUCCAUACACGAAUCGAGAAACUCCUAAUUGAAAAUGAACGUUUGGAUAAGUUGGACAUUAAGACGCCGCCAUGUUAUUCGUACGAAGAAUUAGAGGAAGCGCUUUAUAGAGGCUCAAAUCAAUCGGUGGAAAAGCAGUUCUGUAAACAUUUGCUAAAUCGCAGCAUAGCCAAAGCAGAACAACACCCAGCUAAAUUUUAUUUUUCUCGAGAUCCACGUGUCAAGUACCAAGUCCGAAUGUCUGGAGAACACAAAUUCGGACUAGAACUGGCCAAACGAAUUCGCAACAUCCCCUACAUGAUCAUUCGAUCGGAUGAGCAAAGUUUGAUGACUGCCAAGGACGAGGAAAUUGUCGAUGUACUCCGGGCAAAUAAUCCGCAUUUUAAAUAUAUUCGAGUGAAGAAUUCCACCCACCAUUUGCAUUUAAAUAAUGCCGAAGAGGUGGCGUCCCAUUUAAAUCCUUUUAUUUUGCGGCAUCGUCCGGUUAUAUUGGACAGUUGGUCGGUGGACGGUAAUGGCAAUAAUAGUGUGAACAAAGCAUCUGUGAAUAGUAAACUAUAGGAACAAUAUUUGCAAUUGGAUUUGUAUUUUGAAUGUAGAGGUUGAACCGAAAAUAAUCAAUUUGUGAAACUUUAAAUUUUAUUCAUCAAAUUUUGCGCAUAAUUGUAUUAAAUAUAGUAUUUAUUCAUAUUUGUAUAGUAUUUAUAAUAAGUGGGAUGUGAUUUCUUAGAAAAUGACAAAUAAAGGUUCGUUUUAUAAAUAAA